AUUGGCUGAGGCCGAUACCACGCGCCCCGAUACCCGGCGCAGGAGCCACCUCCCCGCUCCCCACAGACCACGCCUCAGUCCGCCUGCGCUCCUUAGCCUGACGGACCACCUUUUGGGGCUCCUCAGCCUUACCACCUGCCUUUGCUUCGCCUUCCACCUCUGCAUUUGGUUCCUUUGACCACUCGAAGCCGCGCAGCGGGUUCCAGCGGACCUCACAGCAACCCCAGAAGUGGUGCGUGAAGCACAGCCUCCGCUCCUCCUCGAGCUUGUCGGGAACUACUGCCUGCCGCCAUCAUGUCUGCUGCAAAUCCUGAGACUCCAAACUCAACCAUCUCCAGAGAGGCCAACACCCAGCCUUCAUCAGCUACAACCAGCCAAGGCUAUGUUUUACCAGAAGGCAAAAUCAUGCCAAACACUGUUUUUGUUGGUGGAAUUGAUGUUAGGAUGGAUGAAACUGAGAUUAGAAGCUUCUUUGCUAGAUACGGUUCAGUGAAAGAAGUGAAGAUAAUCACGGAUCGAACUGGUGUGUCCAAAGGCUAUGGAUUUGUUUCAUUUUUUAAUGACGUGGAUGUGCAGAAGAUAGUAGAAUCACAGAUAAAUUUCCAUGGUAAAAAGCUGAAACUGGGCCCUGCAAUCAGGAAACAAAAUUUAUGUGCUUAUCAUGUACAGCCACGUCCUUUGGUUUUUAAUCAACCUCCUCCACCACAGUUUCAGAAUGUCUGGAGUAAUCCAAACACUGAAACUUAUAUGCAUCCCCCAACUACAAUGAAUCCUGUAACUCAAUAUGUUCAGGCAUAUCCUCCUUAUCCAAAUUCACCAGUCCAAGUCAUCACUGGAUAUCAGUUGCCUGUAUAUAAUUAUCAGAUGCCACCACAGUGGCCUGUCGGGGAGCAAAGGAGUUAUGUUGUACCUCCGGCUUAUUCAGCUAUUAACUACCACUGUAAUGAAGUUGAUCCAGGAGCUGAAGUUGUGCCAAAUGAAUGCUCAGUUUGUGAAGCUACUCCACCCUCUGGAAAUGGCCCACAAAAGAAAUCUGUGGACCGAAGCAUACAAACGGUGGUAUCUUGUCUGUUUAACCCAGAGAAUAGCAGACUGAGAAACUCUGUUGUUACUCAAGAUGACUACUUCAAGGAUAAAAGAGUGCAUCACUUUAGAAGAAGUCGGGCAGUGCUUAAAUCUGUUUGAUCCUCUCAGCUAUCUAGUUUCAUGGGAAGUUGCUGGUUUUGAAUAUUAAGCUAAAAGUUUUUCACUAUUAUAGAAAUUCUGAAUUUUGAUAAAUCACACCAGACUUCCUACAUAAGCUGUAUUGUUAGACUGUCUAGUUUUAUCUUACAUUGAAACUGUUCUUCAUUAGAUGUUUAUUUAGAAACUGGUUCUGUGUUGAAUAUAUAGUUGAAAGUAAAAAAUAAUUGAGACUGAAAGAAACAACUUUAAGAUUUAUCUGCAAAAAUUUUUUAAAAAUUGAAAUUGGCAUUUUAAGUGUUUAAAAGCAAUACUAGUUUUCAAAAAAAUUUUUUUAACAUCUGUUUUGAAAGGUCAGAAUUUUAAUAGUCUGAGUACAAGCAUUUCACUUCUCCAACAAGUACCUGUGAACAGUACAGUAUUUACAGUAUUGAGCUUUGCAUUUAUGAUUUGUCUAGAAAUUUACCACAAAAGCAGAAUUUUUAAAACUGCAUUUUUAAUCAGUGGAACUCAAUAUAUAGUUAGCUUUAUUGAAGUCUUCCUUCUCUAAACCCAGUAAAACAGAUUCUAAGCAAACAGUCAAAUCAGUGGGUCAGCGUUUAUUCAAAAUAUUUUAUCUUUUAUCUAGAAUCCGCACAUACAUAUCCUAUCUGAUUGGGAUAGUAAUUAGGGUAACUAAAAUCCUGGGCUUAAGUUAUUAAAGAAUCCAAGAAAAACUAAACUUUACGAGGUACAUAAGCUUUUCAAUGAGUUACCAUUCUUUUUUGUAAAAAAAUUUUUCUUUGAAAUGCUAAACUUAAUGGCUGUAUGUCAAAUUGUGCAAAAUAUUGUUAUUAAAGAAUGCUGCAACUUU